GCUUGGCUCAGUUGGCUGUGACUGAUCUUGAAUCUAGACAGAGAGUGUUCGAGAGAGAGAGAACGGAGUGGUGCGGUGAUGGCGAGUGGUGGAGGCUAUGGCGAUUCGAGCCAAAAGAUCGACUACGUUUUCAAAGUGGUUCUGAUCGGAGACUCCGCCGUGGGCAAGUCGCAGAUACUGGCACGGUUCGCUAGGAACGAGUUCAGUUUGGAUUCCAAGGCUACAAUCGGGGUUGAGUUCCAGACUCGAACCCUCGUCAUCCAACACAAGAGUGUCAAGGCUCAGAUCUGGGACACUGCCGGCCAAGAACGAUAUAGAGCCGUUACAAGUGCGUAUUACAGGGGUGCUGUUGGCGCAAUGCUGGUUUACGACAUAACUAAACGCCAAAGUUUUGACCACAUACCCCGAUGGCUGGAAGAGUUGCGUGGUCACGCUGAUAAGAACAUUGUCAUCAUUCUGAUUGGCAAUAAAACUGAUCUCGAGGAACAGCGAGCAGUACCCACAGAAGAUGCUAAGGAAUUUGCUGAGAAGGAAGGACUAUUCUUCUUAGAGACCUCAGCAUUAGAAGCAACUAAUGUCGAGAAUGCCUUCUUGACCGUAUUGACUGAAAUCUUCAACAUUGUGAACAAGAAGAACUUAGUUGCAGGCGAGGAUCAAGCAAAUGGCAAUCCUGCAUCUUUGACUGGUAAGAGGAUCACUAUCCCCGGCCCCGCACAAGAAAUUCCAGCUAAGAGCAACAUGUGCUGUAAAUCUUCAUGAUUUGAUUAGAUUGUGGCUUUCAAAAUGUGGGAUUGACCCUAGGCUCCUUAUAGUAAUUUUUGAGAAUUCGGCUAUAGUUUGUUUAUAUAUUUUUUAUUUCUUUUAUUUAACUCUGUCUAGCUCUAGCAGCAGAGUUGUUGCAUGUUUUGAGAUGGGAGAUAGAACAAAAAACGAAGUUGAAAUGUAGAUUGCGUUUUGCUGGCCAUUUAUCUUAAAUUUAAGUUUUACGGACUCUUUCAA